ACCGCAGUAAUAAUGUUUCGAUUCAUUUAUGUACCGUCAUGAGGUUGGAGCAAAUUUCAAACAAUCAACGAGGAAAGCGGCGAGGUAAGCCAAAACAAAAGACGACGUCCAUAACAAUCAGUCUUUACUCGAUAACCAUUGAGCCUGGAUCGUUAUUUGAUACCUGCUGUACAUUAAAGUAAAUUUGUAACUAGAUACCUCCAUUAUAUUUUCUUGGGGAUAAGUAUUUAGAAGGAUAUUUGUUGAUAAAGGGAGAAAUGUCAAGUGCGUUACGGUGAGCUGGAAUGCGACAUAAACAUUGAUACAACAUGAAUAAGUUUAUACUUUGUGCUGUAUUGACUUUCUACGUUGCAUCUACUGUGCAGUCUGGAGACUUCCAGGAGAACUUAGUAAAUGGCUACCGAGCGCUUAUAGGAGAUAUUCAGAUGCGAACACAAAAGUCAAGAGAAGAUAUGGAUACGCUGGUGUCACAAAUAAAACUCCUCAUGAAAAACGAAGCCGACAAGGCGAUAAACUACAUGACUGUCUAUUUGGAACAAAUAUCGUUGUAUUUUCAAGUAAUCAUACACGAUCGGAAACCUAGGAACGGCACAUAUUGUAAAGAAACUAUCGUCAAGCUACUGGGAGAAAAUCUCCAACUUGCCGAUGAAAAUGUCACUUUAUGCCUCGCUUUAGGUUACCAGAGAGUCCAGAGGUUACCAGAAAAACUACAAGUACACUUUGAAACGUUAGAAAACUUAAAAAAAUAUUCGGCAUCCAAAUUAUUUGAGUGUCAGAAGCAACAGCAAGUUGGUGGCAACUGUUCCCAUGAGAGUCAAGAUCUGGAGCGAACUGUGUUCCUCUACGAAACAUCGCCGUUUCCGGUAGUGAUGGCGGAGAUAGGCAUACAUGGCUUUAAAGAAGUUUCGGAUCUGAGCGUUUGCCUGAAAGACAUAAUCUCCCGGAUGAUGACCCACUCGGUUAAGGUUAUUGGCGACUUCAAUAGGUGCAUCCACAACAUAGAAAUGCCGAAACUGAAGUACUUACUAAAAUUCAUGAAAAAAUAUGCUUAAAAGGUAAAAGAUGUAGAUGGGCGUUUUCUAAAAUAAAUAGAUAU